AUGCAGACUUUCCUGCGGCUUGCAAGCACUGUUCCUCUGCUUGCUGGGUCUGCGCUUCCGGCAGGACCUUACGGCAAAUCCUAUGAUUGUUGCCGAACCCUCGACGAAGCUGGUAUACAGUCUAUCUUGUCCCCAAGUGACCCUAUUUACCUCGAGCGUGUCCAAUCUUACUGGUCGGUCACUUCUCAACUCAAACCCGCUUGCUUCGUGCAACCAGAGAACACACAAGAGGUAUCCACGGUGAUCAGCACGCUUGUCGAGAAGACAGACUGUAAAUUUGCGGUGAGAAGCGGUGGACACUCGUCCAAUGCUGGGUUCAACAACAUCGAAGAUGGUGUUACAAUCGACUUAGGCCUGCUCAAUGGCAUCUCAUAUGACUCGACCAGCAAAGUCGCGUCCCUCGGCCCGGGUUCGAGAUGGAUUGACGUUUACAAGACGCUCGACGCCAUGGAUGCAAGCAUACAAGGAGGCGGCAUCGGUUCGGUCGGCGUCGGAGGUCUUCUCCUCGGCGGCGGACUCUCUCCCUAUCUAUACAAGCGCGGUCUUGCCACCGACGACAUUCUAAAGAUGGAAAUUGUCACGGCCAACGGGAAGAUUUUGGAAGCCAGCGCUCAUCAGAACCAAGAUAUUUACCAGGUGCUGAAAGGCGGAGGGAGCGGCUUUGGUGUUGUUACCCGUUUCGACAUGAGGACUUUCGACAGGGUUCCAAUAUGGGAGUGCUAUCGGGAAUACCCUGCGAGUGCAUCUGUCGAUGAUUCACACAUCGUUGCACUAAAGCGCUGGACUGACAACAAAGAUGCGUACGAAACGGGGUCCGCGUUUAUCUGGUGGACCUACCGCCCGGCCGAGAACCGAACCAUUUUAAUCUCCGCGUUGUCUGAUACAGCUGGUCAGAUUGAGCCGGCUUUUCUGAAGGAGUUCCUCGACAUACCUGGCUAUAGCGUCUCAAACGUCGGUCUUACCAACAUGUCCACUUCAGCCCUAGCCACCCAGGCAGCUAAUUAUAGCGUAUUUAGUAAUAUUUGGUUCACACUCACUUUCAAGAAUGAUGAGCGCGUCAUCAGAAAGGCCGUCGAGAUGCACCAUGGACUCGUAGAAUACAUGAAGCAGAACUCGCCCGAUGGAAACUUCGAGACGCAGUGUUAUUUUCAACCAUUCCCAUCAGUCAUCGGUAUACGCGGUGUAGCAAAAGGAGGCAAUAUCCUCGGUGUUGACAAAUUGGAAGAUAACGCCAUCGUUCUGCUUGGAUCGCUUGCUGUCGACGGGGCCGACCAAGAAGCUGUGGGCCGGAAGAAGAUACUUGAAUGGAAGGCUGCCCUGGAAGAGUACAGCAUGAGUGUUGGGGCAUUCGUGGCUUAUCGAUACUCCAACUAUGCUGAUGCUUCACAAGAUGUUCUAGGCAGCUAUGGCCAGCAGAACGUUCGGAAGAUGAUCAUGGUAUCAGAAAAGUACGACCCAAGUGGUGUAUUCCAAACGAGGAUGCCAGGCGGACUCAAGCUGCCCUUGCGACCCGGGGCUUUGCAAUAA